AUGUCACAGUGGCAUCAGCCGAUGGAAAUGGCCGACGCACCAAUACCAUCGCACCAUGCAAUCAUUCAUCCCAGAAAAAUUUUCAGCGCAUCCAUCAUAGGCUUCGACCUGAUGGCAACACCAGGUCAUGUCCUCAAUGUGAUGGAGUGUGCAGCUAACAGCUGUCGAACCAGCCAGAAGCUGGGCGGGUGGAGUUGUGACGCCAUACAGGGACGAGACUCAGGCAUCGAUGGGUUGAUGUGGACUCCCGUGGUUUCCGCUCGCUGGCUGUCCGUAUUUUGGAUUUCGGGAUUGUGUGGAAUCACCAAUAAAGUGGUGGAGAUCAAUCAGCCCUGGCAGGAUUCACAGGGUAGUUUCUAA